AUGCAUAGGGUUGGAAAAUGGCUCGACCGGGGAAAGGCAUACGCCGCGGCAUCUGCCUCCACCCAAUCUCUGGACUCUUUGACUGAAUCACACAACAUGGAUACUGCUCUUCAUGCGGUCGAGUUGAUCAUGGACGAUGAUAUCGAAGGAGCCGAAGCUGGUGUCAGGGAUGGUUCCUCGGCCUUCCACAAGCUGGCUCGAGGUACUCUGGCUUUCAUGAGAGCUACUUUGGGCUUUGAACAGGAGGUCAUGAAGCAGGCAGCUGAAGAGCUCUACGAGGCGGAAUCUUCGGCUUCUACCAGCCACUACAAGGCCUUGCACGACCCAAAGGCAUUCCAGUCCAGUAUCUACGACAAGGGCAGUGAAUUCUCCCUUUGUCAGGCUGAAGCACAGAUCAUGCAGGCCAUUGUCAGCGUUCUCAAUGAGAAUCUAACAGAGUCACUCAAGGGCUUUUACAAACUACGAAAGGCAUACAUGACUCUCGAUGCCCUAACGGAAAUGGAGAAGAAUUUCAUGAAAGCGCAAGGUGUCAAAAGCCUUGCAAAUUCCAGACAAGGGAGCUCUGAGAGUCUGAACUCGCAAGGGUCGCAAGGCACGCCACUGACAUCUGUUGUGGCUCCGAAAACUGUUCCAGCAACCGAGCCAAAGCAGCCAUCCAACCUUCGGUAUGCCGAGGUGAUCAGUCCUCUGAAGGACGACGAUGAUGACGAUGACGAGUUCUUCGAUGCCGAAUCUAUCAAAGAGGAUACAGAGGUUCUGCCUGCGUACAGGGGUAAGCUGCAAGCCAGUCCGGGCGCACCGAAGUAUCAUCAUUUGGAGCAAGAUCUUGAGGGCCUGUCAAUGACUGAUCGUGCUCGGACUUCUGGCAGCACACCUGGUUCUCGUCCGACUUCGUCGCAUUCGAAUGUGAAUAACUCGCAGCCAACCCUCGUUGCGAAGGCUUCUACUAUUGCUACUCCAGCUAUGAUUACGCUUGACGCCGACUCUGAAGUCUUCUCGAAUAGCCUGGAUAUCUUUAUCCAUUCGGGGACCAACCUGAUGUUCGGUGUGCUCAACCUCAUGAUCUCAGCAGUUCCACCAGCGUUCUCCAGACUUCUGUCAAUCAUUGGCUUUCGAGGUGAUCGAGAACGCGGUUUGCGCAUGCUGUGGCAAGCGUCUAAAUUCUCCAAUGUCAAUGGUGGUAUGGCUGGUUUCGUACUGUUUGGCUGGUACAACGGUCUCGUUGGGUUCUGCGAUAUCAUUCCGGAUGGUGACCCAGGGGAUCCAGAGGACAUGGUCGGCUACCCUCGCGAACGCCUGCUGGUGCUGCUGCAAGAGAUGAGAAAGAGGUACACCAAGAGCUACCUCUGGCUCAUUGAAGAAGCCCGAAUGGCGGCAGCCAUGAAGCAACUCGACAAAGGCCUAGAACUGCUCAGUGGUGAAGGCAAAUCAAGGCUGAAGCAACUGGAAGCUUUGCACAUGUUUGAGAAAAGUCUCGAAGCAAUGUAUGCUCAUCGCUAUGAGCUCUGCGCCGGAAGCUUCAUUGAUUGUGCGGACCUGAAUAAGUGGAGCCAGGCUCUGUACUUUUUCAUUGCUGGAGCCGCGCACGUUGAGAUGUAUCGCCAUGCGACUGCAGCUGGUGAAACAGAACGUGCUGCUAAGAACAAGAAGAUGGCAACAGAGUACUUUGAGACCGCGCCAACGAAAUUGGGAAAGAAGAAGAUGCUUGGCCGGCAGCUGCCCUUUGAGGUCUUCGUUCAGCGGAAGCUGGCCAAGUGGGAGGGGCGCGCCCAGAAGUUUGGUUGCGACUUGGUCGAUGCAAUUGGCGUCAGUCCGUUGGAGGAAAUGAUCUAUCUCUGGGGUGGAUACAAGAAGAUGCCCCGUAAGGAACUGGAAAAAUCACUGGCCAAUUUGCAAUGGUCCGAGAAACAGCAAGGCUGGCAAAAUGAGGACGUUGACGAACACGGUAUCAAUGUUUUGUUAAAGGGUGUCAUUCUCCGCAAUCUGCGACAACACCAGGAGUCGCUUGACCUUCUGCAGCGAGAGCUCGUCGGCAAACCAGACGGCUUCCUCAAGGGCCUGAACCAUGAUGAUUGGCCGCAGCCGGCCGCUCACUAUGAGAUGGGCGUCAAUCUAUGGAUGAUGCGAACUGGCUUCGUGCGCAUCAAUGGCACAACUUGUGAAGGCCUGCAAGCGGACGAAAAACUCCCAGAGCUGAACAUCGAUAAAGACAUUGCCUUGGUGGAAGAGGCAAAGCGCCACAUCGAGAGAGCCAGAUCUUGGGAGAAGUAUGAGCUUGAUGCUCGGAUGGGGAUGAAAGUGACAGCCGCCAUCAACGCAAUCAAGUGGUGGGAGCAGAAGUACAUGACUGCUCACUAA